GGUGAAAACCUCAUGGUUUUAGCAGAAGCAACUGUUGCUUUAGCAGAGGUGUUAGAGCUGAAGGCAGAUUCCACGGGUCUGGUAGAAGGGACCGUGAUCGAGUGUCGCAAAGACAAAGGGAAAGGUCCGGUGACCACAGCCAUCAUCCAAAGAGGAACUCUGAGGAAAGGCUGUGUUCUGGUUGCGGGGAAGACCUGGGCAAAAGUGCGUUUCAUGUUUGAUGAGAAUGGCAGAGUUGUAGAUGCCGCUGCUCCGGGUAUCCCAGUGGAAAUCAUGGGCUGGAAGGAAGUCCCUUCAGCGGGAGAUGAAAUCCUUGAAGUAGAAUCUGAGCAAAGGGCGCAUGAAGUUGUGGCUUGGAGAACCUAUGUUGAACAACAGGAGAAGAUGAAAAGGGAUGAGGAAGCUAUUGAAGCAAAGCAAAAAGAACACAGGAUGGAAUAUGAGAAGAAGCAAGCGGAGCUAGGCCAUCUGACCUGGAGGCAGAGGAAGGCGGUGCUGUACAAGGCCAAUAAGCAUCUGAUGUUUUCCAGGCCUAAAGAGAGAACGGAGAUGGACAAAAAUGUGCUAUCGGUAAUUAUUAAAGGUGAUGUGGACGGAUCCGUCGAAGCUAUUCUGAACAUUCUGGACAGCUAUGAUGCCGACGACGAAUGUAAAUUGGAUAUCAUUCACUUUGGAAUGGGAGAUAUCAGCGAAACUGAUAUAAGUCUGGCUGAAGCAUUUGAUGGUGAGCAUCUGUUUAAAAAUCCAUUUACAAUUA